UGAUGAAGGCAGGGACACGUCUCCGACACAUUCCCGUCCGCUUCCGGCUCUACUGCGGCCUUGAGCUUUCGAGCCCUCAUCCAACUUCGACAUGAAGGGGUUUCUUCUUCCGCUGGCUCUCGCCGGCUUAGCUGGCGCAGUACCGAUCGAUUCCCAACCACUUGAGGAAAGGGCUACUGUGUCUGUAGCUACAUCUCAAGGGACGAUGGUCGGUUCGUCGCUUCUUGGAGUUGAGAAUUUCGCUGGGAUUCCCUUCGCCGAUCCGCCGGUGGGAAAUCUCCGUCUUCGUCCGCCACAGCGAAGCACGAAGUCUCUCGGCACAUUCGAUGCUACAGGUUUAGGACCAGCUUGCCCCCAAAUGUUCUUUUCGACUGAAGGAGAUCUUCUGUUGUCGGUACUUGGAAAUUUAUUGAAUACACCACUGUUCCAGACAAUCACUGGACAGACCGAAGAUUGCUUGACAAUGAGGGUGCAACGACCAGCUGGCACAAAAGCUAAUGCGAAAUUACCGGUCUUCUUCUGGAUCUUCGGCGGCGCUUUCGAACUGGGUAGUCCGCAGAUGUAUGACGCAACCAGUCUUAUCCGAAACGGAGUUUCACAGGGAAAGCCGUUCAUUUUCGUCUCAGUUAACUACCGAGUCGGCGGCUUUGGCUUCCUGCCAGGGAAGGAAGUUCUAGCAGACGGGGCGGCAAAUCUAGGACUUCUGGACCAGCGUAUGGGUCUAGAAUGGGUACAGGAUAAUAUCGCUGCUUUUGGAGGUGACCCGACUAAGGUAACUAUCUGGGGAGAAUCGGCGGGAUCCAUAUCCGUCUUCGACCAAAUGGCACUCUACGGCGGUAACUACACUUAUAAAGGAAACAAACUGUUCCGUGCAGGUAUUAUGAAUAGCGGGAGCAUCGUACCAGCGGACCCAGUAGACUGUGAGCGCUGCCAGGGUGUCUAUGACAAGGUCGUUGAGGAAGCUGGUUGCUCUGGAUCUAAAGAUUCCCUUCAGUGCCUCCGUGAUGCGGACUAUGACACUUUCCUAAACGCCGCAAACAGCGUCCCGGGUACGCUCAGCUACACCUCAGUCGCUUUGUCGUAUCUCCCUCGACCGGAUGGUAUUGCGUUGCCAGACAGUCCUGAUGUGUUGGCUCAAACGGGCCAAUACGCUCCGAUACCAAUGAUUAUCGGCGAUCAAGAGGACGAGGGCACACUUUUCGCGCUCUUCCAGCCCAAUUUAACGACAGAAGCCGAUCUCAUUGACUAUUUCUCUACGGUGUUCUUCCAGAAGGCGACGAGAGAGCAGGUAGCUGAUCUAGUUGGAACAUACAGCUCGGCACUUUCCGCUGGUAGUCCCUUUCGCACUGGAAUCCUCAAUAGUCCGUAUCCUCAGUUCAAACGUCUCGCCGCUAUGCUCGGCGACCUAGUGUUCACCUUGUCACGGAGACUUUUCCUAGAAUCGGCGACAGCAGCAAACCCUGACGUGCCGUCAUGGUCUUACUUGGCUUCUUAUGACUAUGGCACCCCCAUUCUAGGGACAUUCCAUGGGAGCGAUAUCUUGCAGGUAUUCUAUGGAAUCUUGCCUAACUAUGCGAGCAAGGCCAUUCAGAGUUAUUACUUCUCAUUCCUUUACACCAUGGACCCAAAUAACGGCACCCCCAGUGGCAUUGCAAAAUGGCCGCAAUGGAAAGAGUCAAAGCAGCUUCUGAACAUCUAUAGCAGCUUUAGCAAGCUACUAAAGGACGACUUUAGGUCGACGAGUGCUCAGUGGAUCGCAGAUAACGCAGCCGCCCUACACAUCUGAAGGUCGUGAACAUUGAGCUUUGAGCAUCUGUAUGAUAAUCUACGACGCUAUGUGGUUUCAAAUGAAUAAAAGUAAAAUCUUCUUGAUCAUAUUGCC